AUGCUGGCAAGCUUUCCCCAGAAGAUCACUGUGCCUUUCAACCUACUUGGCGAUGAAGCGAAGCUGGCCUUCCGCAGUCAGCCAACUGGCAUAGCGAAACUCGCUACCACUCGUAAUAUCCCUGCCACCGACUCAUACUGGGAUCAAUAUGUUACAUUGUUUGACUCGGCUUCCGACGUGUUCACGCUCAUAUCUCAUAAUGAUGUCCGUCGUGCCCUGUUCGAUGCGCCUGAGAACGUCGCGACGUUGAUUCGCGUCAUUACAUCUCGCCUAUUUAACCUCGUAUCGGACCACACCUUCCCCAGCGCGCCCAAUGCAUCCGUCGCGUCGCUCGCUUCUUCGUUCAUGAAGACACUAUCACCGCGAAACACCACCAAGGAGGUGUUGAACUGCAUACGCGUGCUACAGCGCGUCCUGCCUACAGUCUUCGAGCUGGAGAGUGAGACGAUCAGAUUUGACAUGGAUGUCUUUUGGAAGAAGGAGGUCGUGGAGGACGAAUCUGUACAAGCUUCAGAUGCGUCUGGGGCUCAGUUCGUCAUCGACGACGACGAAGAGGACGAAGAUGGUCCACAGGAAGGGUCGUCACGGCACGCAUCCGGUCCCAAAGAGAAGCCUAAGCUGACACUGCCCUCCCUGGCUGAGAAGCUCUUUGGCUGCGUUGUUGACUUGCUGUUCUGCUGCGGCUUUACUAUUCCCACCAAACUUCAGGUGGACCACUACAAAAUUAAUUAUGUCAUAUGGGGAAAGGGCGUUGGGUCUACUACUGAUCCUGGCUCCAGCCAAGCUCUGGACAACAAUAGGACAGAAGUCCUACGCUUGCUUCUGGUUUUGCUGUCGAAACCAAUCUAUGUCCCUCCUUCAGCAUUUCUGCCGCUUCCAUCACUUUAUUCCCUCCAUUUUAUCCAGCGUACGCCCAGACGCCACGUUCUCACCGUUCUCUGCUCUCUGCUGAAUACCAUCAUGAGCUCAUCCCGUGCACACAACGUCAUGAGUAUGGGCAAUAUGGCUGGGAGACUUCCGUACAACCACCUAGUAUUCAAGGGCGAGGAUACUAAAACAACACUAGUGUCAACUUGCUUACAGGUUCUGUGUACCCUGUUGGACUUCCAGAGUGGAACAGCGCGUGACAGUGCUACCGAUGGCGAUGCGGGAUCGUCAGCAGGGCCCACGGCACGGACGAACGCUUUCCGAUACUUCGUUGCUAAGCUCCACCGGCCAAUAGACUUUGCAUUCAUUCUGGAAGGUAUCACAGGCAUCUUUGAGGAACAGAUGGCGUCCAUCAAUAACCUCCUCCCUGGAUCAAAGAAGUCUGUCCCGUAUAUAGUGGAGACCAUCGUCUUGUUAUGGAAAUUGAUCGACCUGAACAAGAAAUUCCGUGCCUACGUUCUAGACUCCGACAAGGCCACGGACGUCCUCGCAUACCUACUGUGCUAUGGCAUUGAGAUCAAGGAUAAACCACAACAACAUGGACUCUGCCGUGCUAUUUCCUACAUCGUGCAAAGCAUAUCUGCAGAACAAGCGUUUGGGAUGAAAUUGUCCUCGCUGAUCAAGGCACAAGUCCCGCCGAAAUGGAGCAAUCUUGGUACGGCAGCUGACUUCAUGAUUCACGCCAUAUAUGCGAUGGUAGCCACGACUUCGGGAGCGCUCACUUCGUUGUACCCCGCGUUUAUCAUCGCGUUAUCGAAUUCUGCUCCCUACUUCAAGAAUUUGAGUAUCACGUCAUCGACACGCCUGGUACAACUUUUCACGGCGUUCUCAAACCCUUCGUUCCUGCUCUCAGACGAAGGUCAUCCAAGACUUCUCUUCUUCAUGCUAGAGACCUUCAAUGCUGUAUUACUCCGAAAUCUCUCUGAGAAUCCGAACUUGGUGUACGGGAUCCUCCAUGCUCAUAAGACAUUCGAGGAUCUUGGCACGUUUACACUCGUUCGUGGGCUGCGGGAGAUCCGUCGGAUCCAGCAAGCCAAAGAGGAACGUGCGCGGACGGCCGGGGGUGCCGUCGACAAAGGCAAAAACAAAGCGAUCGACCAGGAAGAAGAACAACCACAAGACGAGAAGGCCAGACUGUUACGCAGCGAGAGCGACAGCUCUGCCGAUCUGCACAGCCAAUCUGACCCAACCGAAGAUCCCGCCGAAGCACCGCAGUCGUCAUCGGAAGAGGAUCCUGCCACUAUCAGGCCCUUAAUGUCCCCGACCGCAACAGAGCAUCCGGGGUUCAAUCGAAGCCGCCCGGAGCCUUCUGAGAAAGCCAGGGGCAAGAUGAGGGCGGCGGGACGCUCGUUGUCUCUUGAUGUAAGUGGAAGUCUGGAGAGCGUCGCCGCCACCGCAGUCGGUCGGAAUGGCUUCGUGCCUACCCAAGAAUGGGUCACCUCAUGGCAACAAGGACUGCCACUUGAUAUCAUCAUGCUGGUGAUAUCGGAGCUGCUUCCGAAAGUUCAGGAACUACAAACCAGCCUUAACCCGACGAACGUCAACGGCGCCGUGGUUGACCUCAUCCGAAGUACGAAUCUGGCCCAUGUUUUGCCAAAACCACCGCCACUGGCCCCUCGGCGUUUCAUUUGGUCGGACGCUUCCAUUAUCUGGCUGUCGUCUUUGCUCUGGGGCGAAAUCUACGUCCGCUCCAUGACACCCCUUGGGAUUUGGAACGGUACCACCGUGCGCCUCUUCUAUGUGAAGCACGCUCAAGCGCAACAGCGUCAAAUCACUGAAACUGUCACCAAUGUCAUGGGCGGCCUUCUGGGGAGGUCGAGUUCAUCGCAGUCUAUUGGGCAGCGUCUUUCAUGA